GCGCGGGGGCGCGCGCGCGGGCACGGGGCCGCUCUCCGGGGGGCAGUUGGCGGCGGGAGCGGGCGCCGGGGUCCUGGUUUGUAGAGCGGCCGGCUGCUAGGCCGACGCCUCGGUUGGCGGAGACCCACACGAAGGACCGCGUGGCUCAGCCGCCGCAGAGGCAGGGUCCGCUGCCGUCGGACAGAGCCUCUGGGCUCCCAUAGUCUGGCCUGGGAGGAGGAGGAAGAAGAGGAAGAAAGACCCAUCUACCAGAGGGCUGAAGGUGGCCUGAGGGCCAGAACCUCAGACCCAGGAUGCCCCUACCUGAGCCCAAUGAGCAGGAGGGUGAGCGUGUGAAAGCUGGCCAGGAGCCAUCUCUUGGAGCCAAGAAGCCCCAAGAGUCCUCCAAUCUGGUCCUGGCCGGGGACAAAGAGGGAUCCAAACCGACAGGCCCUGCCGCUGUGUCCAGCAGCACCCCCCAGACCUUGCCGGCCAAGAAGCAGGGGCGGAUAAUUCACCGGAAACGUAGCAGAGUAGAUGCAGUUGCCCCCCAGCCCCUGGAGUUCCUGAAGACCCCGUAUGGGGGCCGCCUUCUAGUCCACAAGUCAUUCCUGUACAAGCAAGAGAAGGCUGUGGGGGACAAGGUGUACUGGAAAUGCCGCCGGCACUCGGAGCUGGGCUGCCGGGGCCGGGCCAUCACCCGUGGCUUUCGAGUCACAGUGAUGCGGGACCAUUGCCACCCACACGACAAGGAGGGCCUGAAGAUGCGGCGCCGGAAGGAGAAGGUGCCCUGCUCGAGCCUGCCUGAGGGCCCUGAAGCCCAAGAAGAAGGGGUGAGCCUAUGGCUGUACCCUGUGGAGCCAGAGCCCACCCCUCAGCAAAGCAUUGAGGAGCCAGAGGAGGACCAGGGGUACCGAUCCCUGGCACUGCAGAGCUUGCCUCCCAAGAAACGCCCUGCACCAGGAGUGGUACGGUAUCGGCCCCUUGAGUUCCUGAAGACGUGCUAUGGGGGCACCUUCCUGGUACACCAGUCCUUCCUCUACAAGCGCGAGAAGACUGUGGGGAGCAAGGUGUACUGGACCUGCCGGGAGCAUGCAGUCAAUGGCUGCCGGAGCCGCGCCAUCACCCAGGGCCAGCGAGUGACGGUCAUGCGCAGCCACUGCCACUCGCCUGACAUGGAAGGCCUGCGGGCCCGGCGACAGCAGGAGAAGACCAUAAAGAAGAUACAGGCAAGGCGGAUUGGCGCUGGGGACCUGGAGGAUUGUGAUGACAUCGAGGACACGCUGCUCCAAGGGGUGGACAGCUUGUUUUACCGCAGGGGGCAGGGCACACUGACUCUCAGUAGGUCCAGGUCCAGAAAGCGAGCAAGGGAGCACCAGGAGUCCUUGCAGGAGUCGCCCGAGGAGGAGGACCAGGAUGUGGACCCCAGAGGCCCAGAGUUCCUGAGGACCCCUCUAGGGGGCAACUUCCUGGUGUAUGAGUCCUUCCUCUACAGGAGGGAGAAAGCAGCUGGUGAGAAGGUGUACUGGACCUGCCGGGACCAGGCACGAAUGGGCUGUCGCAGCCGCGCCAUCACCCAGGGCCGGCAGGUGACUGUGAUGCGAAGCCACUGCCACCCACCUGACCUGUUAGGACUGGAGACUCUGAGGCAGCGGGAGAAACGCCCCGGCCACUCUCAGUGGGAUGGCCCAGAAGGGCCUGAGUUCCUGAAGACCCCUCUGGGGGGCAGCUUCCUGGUGUAUGAGUCCUUCCUCUUCAGGCGGGAGAAAGCAACUGGCGACAAGGUGUACUGGACCUGCCGGGACCAGGCCCGCAUGGGCUGCCGCAGCCGCGCCAUCACCCAGGGCCAGCGGGUGAUGGUCAUGCGCAGGCACUGCCACCCUCCUGACAUGGGGGGCCUGGAAGCCCUGCGGGAGCGGGAGAACUUCCCUAACCUGAGCAGCUGGAACGGCCCAGAGCCUCGGAAGCCAUUGGAGUUCCUGCGGACAUCCCUAGGAGGCCGGUUCCUGGUCUAUGAGUCCUUCCUGUACAGGAAGGAGAAAGCCGCUGGUGAGAAGGUGUACUGGAUGUGCCGGGACCAGGCUCGGCUGGGCUGUCGCAGCCGCGCCAUCACCCAGGGCCGGCGGAUCGUGGUGAUGCGGAGCCACUGCCACCCACCUGACGUGGAUGGUCUGGAGGCCCUGCGGGAGCGGGAGAAGGAGCUGUUCCCCAGGGUGACCAUGCAGACCAGGGCAGCCAAGAGAGCCAGUGAAGCCAAGAAAGCCAGUGAAGCCAAGAAAGCCAGUGAAGCCAAGAGAGCCAGUGAAGCCAAGAAAGCCAGUGAAGCCAAGAAAGCCAGUGAAGCCAAGAAAGCCAGUGAAACCAAGAAAGCCAGUGAAACCAAGAAAGCCAGUGAAGCCAAGAGAGCCAGUGAAGCCAAGAAGACCAGUGCAGCCAAGAAGAAGAAAAGAGCAUCAAAGCACAAAAACUGAACACCCAGUUCCGAUGAGGCGAGCCUUCUCUGACGCAACAGAGGAGCAACUGACACCCCAGAUGUUUCCCAUCCACGCAGGCACUUCCCAUCUACUCAGAUGCGCUUGACAACUCCUUUUCCUCUUGCAAAGCAUCGACGACCUUCACAUUUCCUCAGAGGUCUCCCAGGAGGAGUGCUUGGACCUUGCGUGGUAUCUUGUGUUGGCAAUCAAAUAGUGCCAAGAGCUGGUGGGUGGUCUGCAGCCCUGUGCCACGCUGCUGCCACCGUUAUGACCUUAGACAGCUGUGGAGAAGUGUGUCUGGACUGAUAUACCUCGACCUCACUCUGCUGUCCAGGCCUCAGCACCAUCUGCUUCGAGAGCAUGCAGCCUUGCAAAGAGCUUUCCAGGGGGCGUGUAACCCUUUUUGAGCUCCAUAAAGUUCAGCAAAAUGAAUUUGCCUUGAGCCAGGAUAUGUACGGGAACUUCUUGCCACCCUCUGAAGACAGUGCAAGCCACAGCAGGGGCUCUUUUGUUUGUUUGUGUUUUUUGCAUCUUUUAGGGACAAGUGCUGGGGCCUUCCUGGUCUUCAGUCACUUGCUGCUUACUAGGACAUAGCCCGCCCCAACCCUGACAGAGCAGGCCAGGCUCAAGGCUUUGCUGCACACCUCCUGUCAGACUGUGUCCUGCAUUCUGUCCCAACUUAAAUUACACCCUUGUCCACAGUUCUCGUGGCAGCAGAAGUUCCUGGCAGAGGGAGCCAACCUAGAUGUCAGGAGGAGGUGACACCAGAUAGGCAUGCUCUGGCGACGGCUGCACCACUGAGAAUUGCCCACCUGGUGUUGCCUGAUGCACAAGGACAGUUAGGUGGCAGCAAAGCCUGCCUCCUACAGAACUAAGAGAACCAUGCUAGAAAUGACACUGUAGCAUCCCUGGGAACUGCAGGACUUGCUGCGUGCUGCACCCUAGACAGAGCUGUCCUUACCCUGAAACAGAGCUGCAUGCUCCUCUCCUUUAGCAAGCAAGCCAUGACGCAGCCACCCCUGUGGAUAGUGACGGCCAGGUGCCGACCACUGGCUUCUGCUCAUCUGCUUCCCUCAAUAAACCCUGUUUAGUCUCA